GCAAGCCAAAAUGGCUGCUUUUGCCAGUCGCGCUCCCAACAGUACCCCAGUUUCCGUAGAUGCUGCCACUGCAGCACUCAAGAACGCCGGCCUCACCGACAAGCCCGUCCGCCCGUCCCCUCCCAACCCCUUGCGUGCACCCGCCUCCGCUCCCGUCCCUGGCCGUCCCGGCGCGCCGACCCUUGGCGGUCUAGCCGCCCGUCGCAUAGGCAAGAACGUUCCGAAACUCAGCGGCAUGGACAUGGGCCUUCAGAAUGCCGGUCUUGGUAGCGGUCGACCCACCCAAGACGAGCCCUCGAAACGCAACGCACCAAACUCUUUCUCUACUCCCUUUUCUAAUUUUGGCAAGAUCGUAGAUCCCUCAGGCGCACUCAACUUCAAUGGCAAGGCCGUCCUUCACGCCAAAGGCGUCGACUUCUCCAACGGUGCCUCCUUCGCCAUCAACAUGGACCAGCUGCAGCUCGACGAGGAGCUCGGCAAAGGCAACUACGGCACCGUGAAGAAGGUUUUCCACAAGCCUACCAAGGUCGCUAUGGCCAUGAAGGAAAUCCGAUUAGAGUUGGAUGACGCCAAACUCAACGGCAUCAUCAUGGAGCUUGACAUCUUGCACCGCGCUGUCGCGCCAGAAAUAGUAGAAUUUUACGGUGCUUUUUUCAUUGAAUCAUGCGUGUACUACUGUAUGGAGUACAUGGAUGCAGGAUCCCUGGACAAGCUCCAAGGAGAGGGCGUCCCGGAAGACGUCCUUGGCCGCAUCACAGGCAGCAUGGUUCGCGGUCUUAAAUUUCUCAAAGACGAUCUCCAAAUCAUACAUCGAGAUGUGAAGCCUACAAACGUUCUCGUGAACAGGAAGGGUGACGUCAAGCUUUGUGACUUUGGUGUGUCGGGCCAACUGGAGAAGUCGCUGGCGAAGACCAAUAUCGGUUGCCAGAGCUAUAUGGCUCCCGAGCGGAUCCGAGGCGAGUCGCAGAACAACAUCGGCACAUACACGGUGUCCUCGGACGUGUGGUCGCUUGGCCUCUCCAUGAUCGAGAUGGCGCUCGGGCACUACCCAUAUCCACCAGAGACGUACGCAAACGUCUUUGCGCAGUUGACGGCCAUCGUCGACGGUGACCCUCCUGAACUCCCCGAACACUUUUCGGACAUCUCCAAGGACUUCGUACUGCGGUGCCUGCACAAAGUCCCGGAACGGAGAGCGUCGUAUGCGGAGCUUCUCGGUCACCCGUUCCUCGUGAAGGACCGCGAACGGGAAGUGAACAUGCCCGCAUGGGUGGAGAUAGCGAUCAACGCGCGAGAAGCUCGCAGUCGUGAACACCUAGCCGCGCAGAACGCCGCGACGUGACCCCGUCGCGCUAGGCGCACUUGUCCGCUGCCCGCUGGCCGUCCGUUUACUGCACGCACUGCGGCCCCCAGCUUUGUCCGACUGCGGCGCCCCCCACCGACUCGUCAACGAACAGACGCCCUUCCAUCUCCAUCCUCUCUGCUCCGCUCUUUUCCAACAACCUCUCACCGCACAGUUCUCGGCCCGACCCCUCCCAGGGCCUGCAGCCAUCUCAUCCGCUUGUCACUCUCAUCCCCCCAAAGCUUGCGGGUUAAUCAAGACCUUCGCUACAUUCCGAUAUCACGCCGCCAUAUGCGGUCCAGCUGUCGUCCUGCAGAGACGACUCAAGACGUGUUCGGGGCGCACGAACAGCGGACGAACAUUGUAGCUUUCCAACGAACUGCUCCGCACCGUCAUGGUGUUCGCCAGCGCCUAUACACACGAUUUGGCUCUCGGCACGCCAUCGACGGUGGGAAAUACUAGGAGCCCUCGCCAGAGGGCGGGAGGCUCAGAGGAGGGGUGGUUAGGCGACGGCGGAGCGUGCAGAUGAGAUCAAACGGGGUCACUGUUCGGGGCGGGGUGAGAAGGGGAUAUCGUCCGAACAUGGCAAGAUCGUGCCUUGUGUCGACUACGUCCACGCGAGGGUGGCAGUCGUAUAGUAACCGUCAUCGCGCAGCCACUGGCUGGGUGCGUUCAGAGACACACGUACAUACCGUAAACGUACUGUACCCAUACCCGUACCGUGUAGUACUGCGUCCGCUGGCGAGCGCGGGUGUCUGCAUGCUAAUGUAUAUAUGUCACGUACUACUGCUCCGAGCUAGAGCCAACAGUUAAUAUUACA